AUGGAGAACCGAACCAGGAUCAGAGAGUUCUUACUCCUAGGAUUCACUGAGAAUCACAAACUAGAGAUUUUCCUCUUUUGCCUGAUUCUAAUCAUGUACUUGAUGACAGUGACAGGAAACAUUCUCAUUAUUGUCCUCACUCUCAUGGAUUUCCGCCUCAGAACCCCCAUGUAUUUCUUCCUCCGGAAUUAUGCGGUUUUGGAAAUUGGCUACACCACAGCUGCCAUUCCAGCCGCUUUGAUCAACCUGGCAUCAGGAAGGAAAACCAUCUCUUACAUCGGGUGCUUAAGCCAGUCUUUUCUCUACUUCUCUCUUGGCACCACAGAUUUCUUCCUGCUGACAGUGAUGUCCUUUGAUAGGUAUGUGGCCAUCUGCAACCCUCUUCGGUAUACCGCCAUCAUGAAUGAACGUUUCUGCACUCUGUUGGUGCUGAUCUCUUGGCUUGGGGGGUUCGCCGUGAUUUUUGGUCAAACCAUGCUUUUCAUCCAGUUUCCCUUUUGUGGCUCAAACAUCAUUGACCAUUUCUUCUGUGACAACAGGCCCUUGCUCAACCUUCUUUGUGGAGAUACCCGCCUCUUAGAGCUCUUGGGCUUUAUCCUUGCUGUGUUUUCUCUACUGGGGACUUUAGCUAUCACCAUUGUGUCCUACCUUAAAAUUAUCUCCACAGUUCUUCGCAUCCCAACUGCAGCAGGGAGACAAAAGGCCUUUUCCACCUGUGCUGCCCACAUCACGGUGGUCUCUGUCACCUACGGGAGCUGCAUUUCGAUGUACAUAAUCCCGGGACAAGGUGAUGAGCAAAACUUCAACAAGGUGGUGGCUGUCCUCAACAACGUGGUGUGUCCUUUGAUGACCCCAUUUGUUUACAGUCUGAGGAACAAGCAGGUCCAAGAUGCUCUGAAGGAUGCUUUUGAUUGCCAAGUGCCAUUGUAUAAAAUGCAGAAAAUGCCAUGGAGGCUGAAAGCAGAAGCAAAGAAAGAAGAGGGCGAUGUAGAGAGCCGAACAUAG